AUGGCACGGGUGGUUACCGCCGUUCUGUGCUUCUGGAUAUGUAUGCUGGAUUGUGUCGUCUUUGCACAGAAUGCCACCAUUACGUCAACCAAUGGACCAACCACGGCUGGCACUUCAUCGACAGGAGCAGGAACGGGAACGGCAAGCGCUGUCUCGCCCUCGGCCACGCCUCCAGAUGUCUAUCUCAACGUUCCCAACCUCUCUGUCGGCCGCAUCGAGCUGGACGUGGACGAUCUCCGGGCCGAGAUCAACUUGAACGCCCAAGUUGCGUCGCUGGUGACGCUGAACGCCGGAGUAGCCGUCUCCAUUCAACAAGUCAACCUCACCAUCGUGGAUGUCGCGGCGGAACUGGAGCUGAUCGUCCGUCUCAACCAUCUGGUCGACAUUGUGAAUCGCGUGUUCGAGUCCCUGGACCUCAAUCCGCUUCUCAUCUCCACCAUCAACAAUGUCACCUCGGUGCUGGAACCGAUUGUCGGGGCAGUCGACGGCCUUCUUGGUUCCGUCACCCAGGGCGGCACCACUGUUUCCUUCCUCAUCGACAAUCUGGGAAACAUUGUGCAGGAGGUGGGCGGCGCCAGCACCAUUGUCGGUGAUUACCUGACAAACAUGACCGACACGGGAGUCAGUCAGACACUGUCUGGUGGUCUGAUUGAAAAGACCUAUUCGUAUUCACCGCUCAAUGCUCUGGUGGAUAUUGUGUUCAAUACCGCCGGUCAAGUCGUGCAGGCAUCUGUGGAAAAGAAGACAGCAGCAGCGACUGGGACGGCCAGCUCCAGCUCGGUUAGUCCGACUACAACCUCUGCAACGACACAGUCGACCGGCGGUUAG